GCGUGGCGCAUGCGUUGUGCGUGCUCCGUUCCAAACCACCGCGGAGCUCCGCGGGGGGCGGGCGGGAAGGCCUGGUGUGGCGGAGCCUUAACGGUGUGGCUGCCGGUACCUUCCGCCCUCCGCUCUCCCGGCUGUUGAGAGCGCCUCCGCGCCGUGCAUGUGACCUGCCCCGCCGCGCAUGCGCGGAGCUCCCCCCGGCGCGGCGGGGGCGGUGCUGAGGGGAGGCGGCCGGAGCGCGGGCUGAGCGGGGCCGAGCCGGGCCGGGCCGAGCGAGGCGGCGGCGGCGGCGGCGGCGGCGGCGCAAAAUGGCGGACAGGUUCUCCCGCUUCAACGAGGACAGGGACUUCCAGGGCAAUCACUUUGAUCAGUAUGAAGAAGGGCACCUGGAGAUAGAACAAGCAUCUCUCGACAAGCCCAUCGAAUCGCCCAGUUUUUAAAGCCAGGAUAAUAUUGGACACCGCUUACUGCAGAAACAUGGCUGGAAGCUGGGCCAGGGAUUGGGAAAAUCACUGCAGGCGUUAUGAUCCUGGACUUGUUGUGGUGAUGGUAAACUUAGCAGUGGUAAUUUUUUCUUUUCAGACUGAAUUACUCCUUUUGUCAUCAGUGCACCAAUAUGUUAGGCUUACUUUCUCUGUUGUAGCCAUCAUCCUUCUGCUUGGUCUUUCAUUUUCCUUUCCUUUUUCCUUUCUUUAUGCACACUUGUCUGAUCCUUGUUCAUUAAAGGGUAUCGCUAAGAAGGGAUGUUUCUGUUUGUGUUAGAACUGCCAAAAAUCAGUUUCAACAUCAAUUUCUAAUACUGUCCAACCUUGAUUUGUAUUAUUCCCCCCCCCACGAUGGGCACUAGCACUUGCUACUGCAAUUUCCAAAGAGAAUAAAACCCAAUAAAACUCCCAAACUUUGACUGCCUUAGAAGGCAAAAGUACUGAUGCAUUGUUUGUCCGCAGGGGUUUACCAGGGCAAUGAGGCAUCGAAAGAUCUCGAUUGCUGGAGAAACCAAACAAAAACCAAAUUAAAAAAGGAAAAAUGAAUAUAAAUUGUGGGCACUUGCUGCCAGCCAUUCCAUUUGGGUUCACCACUCACCAGUAAAUCCCUGGCGGAGACGUUCUCAAAGUGAAGUCAUUUUUAGAACCUGUCUUUAAUUUGGUCCUUUUGCUCAAAAUUGCAGUCACUGCUUACUUUAUUAUACCAUUGGGCGGAGGAGAAACGUUUUCCAACGUUGACAAUUCCAAACAACGAGCUCGAUUCCAAAUGUCCUUUGGGAUCGGCGCCACGCAGGAAUCUUUGGGCUCGGUGGAUUUACACCUGUCAAAUUUACGGGCGUGUAAACAAAACCAUAGAGCUGUUAAUUAAACGAACUCAUUUCUGUAAUAAAACCCACAUGCCUCUGUGCUUUAACAUUUCCAAAGACACAAAUCGGACCGGAAUAGGUUCCUUUUGAGGACUACGGGCCAUCGCUUUUGUAGGAGUUCGUGUUGAUAUUAAAUAAGAGCCAAGUUGACGCCUACGCGUGUUGCUUUUAAAGACAGUUUUCAAGCUUUUAACCUUAUGGCGAUGGAAUAAACACAUUUGGCACGAUGCAAACCUUUGAGCCCAAAGGUAUAAUAGAUGUGUAUGUGUGUAUAACAAAACAGUUGUUUACACCAACCCGAGAGCAAUAAUAAGGGAAGUAAACAUUCUGUUUUCUUACUCAAGGUGUGCACCGGACCAGGUAAGUACUAUUUCAAUGGGCUUACAUCACAACGACCAGCGCGAGUUGUGAUGUAAAAUACAAAUAAUAAUAAUAAUUUAAAAAAAAAAAAGCUGUGGUAGUAAAGUGCUUGUCUGCCCCAUUUUGCUUUGUUUGGCUGGUUAUGAGUGGAUUAAAGAUAUGUUAUUUAAAACCAAAACAAUCUCCAGCAUAGUUUUGAUUAGUUCAAAGUCAAUUUUCUUCGCAACUAGUCCUUUUCACAGCUUACGGGGGACGCGGCGGGCGCCGCAGGGGCUCGGCCACCCGGCCUGGACCAGCUUUGGAUGGAACGCAUUUGGAUUUUGUAACCCGGGGAGACCCUUUACAGGCAAAUCCUCCACAAUUAUUAACACGGUAGAGCAGUAAAAUAUAUUUAAUAGCUUUGUUGCAUCAGAAGAUGAGGAGGAUGUGUAGCAGCGAAGCUUCAUUCCUCAAGCCAACAACCCUACAACUUGUCCUGGUUGAACAUUAACAACAAAAAUACUUUAUGUGUUAAUGUUCAGUAAAUUCUCCAUCCCAGGGGGUGCAUUGAAGUGUUUUUGGAGCCGUAAGCUGUGAGAAUGGCUGGUGUUUGGUUCACUGUAGCUUUCUGGUCUCUGCACUCCAAGGCAAGAUCUCUAACCACCCAAACCCAAUGUGUCGAAGCGAGCGGUGGUGCCAGGCCGGCUGCUCAUGUCCCUCUGUGUGUUCCUCUUCCAGGCAGGACCGAUCCCAUCCCUAUCGUCGUCAAGUACGAUGUCAUGGGCAUGGGCCGCAUGGAGAUGGAGCUUGACUACGCCGAAGAUGCCACUGAGCGGAGGCGAGUACUGGAGGUGGAGAAAGAAGACACCGAGGAGCUGAGGCAGAAAUACAAGGAUUACGUCGAUAAAGAAAAGGCAAUUGCCAAAGCUUUGGAAGACCUGAGAGCAAACUUCUACUGUGAACUCUGUGACAAGCAGUAUCAAAAGCAUCAGGAGUUUGACAACCACAUCAACUCUUACGAUCACGCUCACAAGCAGAGGUUGAAGGAUCUCAAGCAAAGGGAAUUCGCUCGCAACGUCUCGUCAAGGUCGCGGAAGGAUGAAAGGAAGCAGGAGAAAGCGCUGCGGCGGCUGCACGAGCUGGCGGAGCAAAGGAGACAACCCGAAUGCGCUCCCGGGAGCGGCCCCAUGUUCAGAACCACCACGGUGGCCGUGGACGAGGAAGGUGGCGACGACGAUGAUUCUGCAGCUGGUGGCUCUUUCAUCCAGGUGACUUCCGGCCAAACGACCGAGACGCCGAUGGACAGAGGGUUCCUCAACACGGGCCAGGUCGGCGGCACCGUCAUCCCGGGCCAGACGCCCCUCCAGACAGCACAAGCCAUCAGCUUUGGCAUUAAGAGCACGUUGGGGACGCCGCUGCAAAAGAUUGGCGUGUCGUUUUCCUUCGCCAAGAAGACGCCGGUAAAGCUGGAGACCAUUGCUUCUGUUUUCAAGGACCACGGGGAAGAAUCAGGCUCUGCAGAUGGAGCAAAAGGUGAUGAAAGAGGGUCCUCGGACACAGGGAACCUGCAGAAAUCUGGCGAGGGCGAAAGCACAAAUAAUUCUGACGGUAAGGCAGAGGAAGACGACCAACACGACAAAGAUAGCGGGUCUCUAGCCACUACGUUAUCUAAAUUAAAAAAGAUGAAGCGAGAAGACGGACCAAUGGCGGUAGAACCGGAAUACUAUCACUAUAUCCCCCCAGCCCAUUGUAAAGUCAAACCCAAUUUUCAAUUCCUGCUUUUCAUGAAGUCUACCGAACAAAUGGAAGCUGAAAAUGUGAACAAAAAAAACACACAUGAAGUUAAAAAGGGUAAUUCUCCAAAACCCAAACCCGGCAAGCAGGCGGAAAAGGCCGUCGAGAGCGCGGGGCAGCAGAAGGAGCAGAGUGCCCCCGAAACCGCGGCUCAGCACAGCAAAACGGAGCUAAAAGAAGUCCCAGAAACUGCAAACAUUCAGGAGAGCAAACAGCAUCCAGAGAGCAGCCUCCCCGAGCCAGACGCCGCUAAAGAAAUCGCCCAGCCUGUCUCGGGCUGUAAAGAUGUCUCUGAAGGACCAAAGCAUCCAACUGGACCUUUUUUCCCCGUUUUGAGUAAAGAUGAGAGCACGACACUCCAGUGGCCUUCAGAGCUUCUCAUAUUUACCAAAGCGGAACCGUCUGUUUCAUACAGCUGCAACCCCCUGUAUUUUGAUUUCAAGCUCUCACGCAACAAAGAUGCUAAAGGGAAAGGGGUGGAGAAGUCGAAGGACGCGGGGAGUGUUUGCAAAGAAAACGUUCCGAACGCAGAACCCGGUGAGAUGAGCAAAGCCAAGGAGGUAGAAAACAUCGCUAACCGCUCUGCUCUAAAAACGGAAAACAAAUCUCUGUCGGCCUGCGGCUCCCAGGUCAAGCAGGAAUCCAGUUUGGCAAGUGUUAGUAAGGGAGAGGGAGAGGACGAGAGUAAAAGCGCAACUGGCAAGAGUAAAUCCGGAAGGUCCCAUAAACACAAAAAGAAAAAGAAGCACAAAAAGUCCGGCAAACACAAACGUAAACACAAGGAGGAAGCUGAUGAGAAAAGCCGAAAGACUGACCUGGGGGAAGAGAAACCCAAGAAACGGAAAAGACACCGGCACAGGAAAGGCAAAUCCUCUCUUUCUACCGAAUCGGAGCGGGCGCUGAAAACCGAACUGUCUGAAGACUGCGGCCACUUCCAGAAGAAAAAGCGAUGCUCGCAGGAGUCCCAGAGGAAGUCUCUGUCUGCCGAGGAGGGGAGCAGCGGUAAAAAAGAGGAUGGGGGUAACUCCUGCCAGGAGCAUGGCAGCAAAAAACACAAGGCCGAGCCGCAGCAGGUACCGGCUUCCCGGCGACGCUGUGCGGCCCCGUCCCUGGGCAGGAGUGGCCGCCGCAGCCGGCAGAGCAGCGGCGACUACGACAGCGACGAGGGCUCGCGCAGGAAGCGCUGCCGCCAGAAAUCGCCCUCGCGAUACAGCGACGACGACUACGACUCCGGCAGCGGGCGCUCCAGGAGCCGCUCGCGCUCGGGCCGCGGGGACUCCUCGGGCAGGUCCUAUUCCAGCAGCUCGGACGCGUCCUCAGAGCGCAGCCACUACAGCUGCCGCAGGAGCUACUCGGACGACAGCUACAGCGACUACAGCGACCGCUCGCGGUGCCGUUCCAAGCGGUCCCACGACUCGGAGGACGACUCCGACUACAACAGCUCGAACCACAGGUCGAAGCGACGCAAAUACUCCUCUUCCGAGGACGACUACAGCUCGAGCAGGAGCAGGUCGAGGAGCCGAAGCCGGAGCCGGACGCACCCUCGAGACAGGUCGAGGACGAGGAGCCGCGGCAGGACACGCAGCAGCAGCUGCAGCCGCAGCCGGAGCAAGAGGAGGAGCCGCAGCGUCACGGGGCGCAGCUGGAAACGGAGCCGCAGCUACAGCAGGGACCGCAGCCGCAGCACCCGGAGCCACUCGCAGAGAUCGCUUUCCCGAAAGGGCUCCCGAGGCCACGAGAGCCCCGAAGAGAGGAGAUCCGGGAGGAGAGACUUCAUCAGGUCCAAAAUCUACCGCUCGCAGUCUCCUCACUAUUUCUGGGCAGGCCGAAAUGAAGGAUCGGCGCUGAAGAAAGAGGAUGGCAAAGGGGAGGAACUGAAAGGGUCCGGCUCGCUGUCCCAAAACAGCAGCGGCGCGGGGAGGACCUCGGAAGGCGACUGCAGCCCAGAGGAGAGAAAUUCCGUCACUGCAAAACUCCUCCUGGAAAAGAUUCAGUCCAGGAAGGUUGAGAAGAAGCCCUACGUCGCCGAUGAGGUGCUGGCAGGGCCAAACAAGGUGGGCAUAAAGCUGAAAGAUCCUCCCCAGGGCUACUUUGGCCCCAAACUUCCUCCUUCCUUAGGCAACAAACCGGUUCUCCCCUUAAUUGGGAAACUACCGACCGUUCGAAAACCAAACUCCAAAAGGUACGAAGAAUCCGGCUUGGAGAGGGGCGAGGAGCAAGAGCUGUCGGAUUCAGAGGAUGCUUCCCAAGGCGUGGAGGAGGCUCAGCUGGCCGGGCAGUCUCUGCUGGAAGAUGUGGUGAUGGUGAUUCAGGACAAAGCUCUGGAUGAGCAGAAACGGGACGAACCCGCUGUGGAAAUGCCGACCGUUCCCCUGGAAGCGCCGGCGCUCCCCGAGUGCUUCGGUUCCGGAGACCUGGUCAUGCCGCACAACUUCCUCGCGGAUCGGAGCGAUGGCGACGGGCUGGAGCCCAUGGACGGGGGCAACCAACCGGUCCCAGUGGAAACCAGUAUGAUGCCCUUAGUUCCAGAUGUUGAGCACUUUUCCAGCUACGUGCCCCAGGGUGGGGAUCCGAGCAUGGAAGGCGAUCGCGAAGGAGGAGAAGACUCCUCUCUAGCGCCGCUCGAGAGCCAACCCAUCACUUUUACGCCCGAAGAAAUGGAGAAAUACAGCAAGCUGCAGCAAGCCGCUCAGCAGCACAUCCAGCAGCAGCUGCUGGCCAAGCAGGUCAAGGCUUUCCCCGCCGGGGCGGCCCUGGCGCCGGCCGCGCCGGCCCUGCAGCCCAUCCACAUCCAGCAGCCGGCGGCGGCGGCGGCCACGUCCAUCACCACGGUGCAGCACGCCAUCCUGCAGCACCACGCGGCCGCCGCCGCCGCCGCCAUCGGCAUCCACCCGCACCCGCACCCCCAGCCGCUCGCUCAGGUCCACCACAUCCCCCAGCCCCACUUAACGCCCAUUUCCUUAUCCCACUUGACCCACUCCAUCAUCCCGGGCCACCCCGCCACGUUUCUCGCCAGCCACCCCAUCCACAUCAUCCCCGCGUCCGCCAUCCACCCCGGCCCCUUCACUUUCCACCCGGUUCCUCACGCGCUCUACCCGACCCUCCUGGCCCCCAGACCCGCUGCGGCCGCCGCUGCCACCGCCUUGCACCUCCACCCUCUGCUGCACCCCAUUUUCUCAGGACAGGACUUGCAGCAUCCCCCCAGUCACGGCACAUGAAGAACGACAUUAACCCUGGAGGAAGGAGAGUAUAUUUUGCAUUUUGGGAAGUUGAUCCGGCUGGCGGGUGAGGCCUGAAGAAUUUCCUUGCGCUAUUUUGCAGCCAAAGAAGCGGAAGGCCGGAGGGCCGGGCGGGUCGGAUCAUUGUGUUCUAUCCGCUCCCAGGGACUGUCCCUUGUCCCCGAGGCCCCGCGCACUCAGCACCGCUGUCCCACCACAACCAUUUCACCCGCGGACCAGCGAGACGCUUGGAAAGGCCUUUUCCUCUUUUCCCUGGAUCCUUACGCUUGGUCACCUCCCUUCUGCCGCCUUGCAGAUGAGAAACGAGAUUUCAGGUCUUGCAAAAUCCUUUUAAUGAGGUCAUCUAAUUAAAAUAGUCAGCAUGAUUGAUUCCACCUUGUAAUCGGCCAUAGAACACUCGAUGGGCAGCUGGGGGUGCUGGCGAUGGAAGGGCCAGCACCGGUUUGCAGGCGUUACAGGAGAUUUCUUGGCACCUUCUUGCUGCAUUUUUGUUUCCUUGCUGAGCAAUGAAAGUGGGAGUAAAAUCUUAGUUUAAAGCGUGUGCCCAGCGCUCCGACCCUUCCCCACCGAGGAUGCACCGUCGGGAAAGGGAGGCGCUGGGUUAGUGGUUGGUGGUAUCACCCUGGGCUUUGACCGCUUGAGAGUGGGGCGAAAAACCAUAUAAAUCACUAACUUCCAUCUUUUAUGGUAUUGAGAGGCAAUGGGGCGAGAGAGAGCAGAAAAAUCCCUUCAGGAAUCGAAGCAAUACAGAGAAGAGUGGCCGGGGUAUGUAAAGUGUAUUAUUCUUUCCUCUGUAAUACUGAUGGUUUCCUUAAUUUAUAGGUCGUUUGUUUUUCUUUUUUUUUUUAAUGUAAAGAAUUGCACUGAACUCUGUAAACAAAGAUGCUGCUUUUUGUAGCUCAUAUAAAGAAAAAAGAAGAGGUUACAUUUGUAGUAUACCGCAAUAAUAUUUUUUACAGCCAGUUCUUUUAGUGGUACUCGUUCUGGUGGCUUCUGUGUAAAUACGUUUGCCGUAGGUGAAAUAAAACACUUGUAAAGGUUCGACUUUAUAGUUUCCGCUAGACGCAAAGUGACUAAGCAUGUAUAUUUUACCAAGCUCAUGUAUUUUUGAAGUUUUUAUGUACUAUAAAAUGUAAAAAGAAAAAAAAAAUACUAUCUCCAUUUAACAUUUUGCAGAAGAAAAACAAGUAGGUGAGGCGAGGGUUCCGGUGAUGAAGGGAACCGGCACCGCAGGAGCUCGGGCUGUUUCCCCCGGUGUAAAAUAUCCCGGGUUUUGUUCUGGUUUUUUGUUUGGUUUGUUUUCCCCUGGGUUUGAUUUGCAGGUUCACACAGUCUCCUGGUGAAGGAAAAAGCCUUUUCCCCGUAACCCUUUGCUGCUUGCAUGAAGGACGAGCUGCUUUGCGUCCCGUCCCUCGAGGUGCUUUGGGUCUGAUCCCUCAAGGUGAUUUGGGUCUUUAAUCCCUCGAGGUGCUUUGGGUCUGAUCCCUCAAUGUGGUUUGGAUCUGAGCCCUUGAGGGGCUUUGGGUCUUAGUCCCUCAAGGUGGUUUGGGUCUAACUCCUGGAGGUGGUUUGGACUUAGUCCCUCGGGGUGGUUUGGAUUUAGUCCCUCGGGGUGGUUUGGAUUUAGUCCCUCGAGAUGCUUUGGGUCUAAUCCCUUAAGGUGUUUGGGUCCGAUCUCUCAGUGCAUUUUGAGUCUUAAUCCCUCGAGGUGCUUUGGGUCUAAACCCUUGGUGUUUUGGAUCUGAUCCCUUGAGGUGCUUUGGGUCUAAACCCUUGGUGUUUUGGAUCUGAUCCCUCGAGGUGCUUUGGGUCUAAUCCCUCGAGGUGCUUUGGGUCUAAACCCUUGGUGUUCUGGAUCUGAUCACUUGAGGUGCUUUGGGUCUAAACUCUUGGUGUUUUGGAUCUGAUCCCUCGAGGUGUUUUGGAUCUGAUCCCUCGAGGUGUUUUGGAUCUGAUCCCUCGAGGUGCUUUGGAUCUGAUCCCUCGAGGUGUUUGGUUCUUUAAUCCCUCGAGGUGUUUGGUUCUUUAAUCCCUCGAGGUGUUUGGUUCUUUAAUCCCUCGAGGCGCUUUAGAUCUAAUCCCUCGAGGUGUUUGUGCCCAGCACCCAACCCCACGGAGAUUCAAACCAUCAAACGCUUGAGCUUCCUCGCUCUUCAAACUUCACGUUGGAGCAGGUUGGACUGAAACACAGCGGUCAAAAAGAAAGGGACUCAAUCUCUCUGUAAAUAAUUAACAGUAUUAACGUCUCAGUGCUUCAUGAGCUUCUCGAUGCGAUACGCAUGUUCUGGCACCUUCACACCGCCGUCAGGCCUUUGGGUUAUUAGUUUUUCCCGACUUCCAGAAUAGGCGCUAAAAAUACUUAACCUACCAUUACUUAACGAGCGUAAACAGACUGUAUUUAACUUUGUCACAUAAGAUAUAUAUAUAAAUAUAUAUAUAUGCUGUAAAAUGAAGGGGGGGGGGGACCUUUCUAAUAAACCAAUGAUUUGUGGAAAAAAAA